AUGGGAUCCAAUAAAUCAACAACAAGCAGCAACGAUUCAAGCUCUACCUCCUCGCGCAUUAAGAGACGCCGUGCCAAAUCCGUUGCCUUGUCAAGCUCUACCAGCGCUACUGCCAAUACCAAAGCUACUACGAAUUCUUCCAAGACAACCACCACAAAGUCUACAAGCACAACAGCCUAUAGUCGGAAUUUCCAACAACACCUGAUUGACAGUGGUGUUUACCCGGAUGGGCACGAGUAUGAUGAUGGCGACAGCCCCGCUGAGCCAAAAAAUUGGGAUGAAAUUAAUGCCAUACUGACGCGACAACGGCGCUCUCUUUCACCUACAAAUUUCACAAAGGACGACUUUCGUAUGUUUAAACGAGAAGAUCAGCUGGUAUCCAAAGAGGUAGACAUUAUCGCUUCCGUCAUACCAAUAAUUGAUGGCGACGGGGGUCGCUCGAAAUGUCGUGGAAGGGACUACCAAUUUACCAACCUUAGCCCCUUAACAGAUGGAUCACUUGUUAUCCCAAAGCCUGAUCAUUUCUUUGGUGCACGGCCCCAUCAACUUCAUCCCAAAAUCCGUGAAGAACUCAGCAGCAGUAUCGUUCCUUCAAAGCAGGACGAUCUCCCGCUCGCACCCAACUUUUUCUUAGAGGCGAAAGGCCCGGACGGAACCCCUAUUGUCGCCAUGAGACAAGCUUGCUAUGACGGCGCGUUUGGAGCCCGAGGCAUAUAUGCCCUUCAGUCAUAUAAGCAACCCAGGCCAUCCUAUGAUAGCAAUGCCUAUACCAUUACAUCGACAUAUCAGACUGGCACCCUCAAGCUAUAUACAACCCACAUAGUCGGCUCUAAAGAUAAGGAUAGUCGGCCCGAGUACAUCAUGACCGCCCUAUGUUCCUACUCAAUGACCAAUAACAUAAACACAUUCCGGGAGGGGGCAUCUGCAUAUCGAAACCUACGAGACUGGACCAAGGAGCAGAGAGAUACUAUGAUCCGGGCUGCAAAUGAGCGAUUCAAAGAGAGCCAAGCCCGAGCUACGAGCCCUGAUAGCCCGCAUUCAAACCAUGAUAAACCAAUACAGAGUGUUGAGGAGGCUCCCUUUGUUUUGGCCGAAGGUCAAGAAGAACACGAAACUCACGACAACCCAAAUGAUAUCAUCGUCAUGCCGACCCCCAAUUGA